CUGAUGAUGCGAUGCUUGUUGGCAUGGAUGGGCCAAGGAACACGCUCAUGGAUUGGCUAAUUCCAGGAGAUGGCUCCAUACUGAGAAUCAUCUCUGUGGUAGGCAUGGGGGGACUAGGCAAGACCACUCUUGUCAAAAAGCUCUAUGAAAAUCGACAAGUGAUGGAGCAUUUCCACCGCCGUGCGUGGAUCACUGUUUCACAAACCUUUUCAUUGAAGGUGCUCUUGAGAGACAUGAUCAACUAGCUACUGGGUUCACAAGUGUUUUCUGCUGAAAUGACAGAGGGUCAACUUGUUCAGCAACUUCGGGAUGAACUGAUGAAGUUGAAUACAAGGUACGUGAUAGUUCUUGAUGAUGUUUGGUCCUUGAAUGCAUGGUUGAGUUUCUUUCCAGCAUUACCUGAUAAUAGUUUAGGAAGUAGAAUAAUUGUGACAACCCGAAAUCUAGAUGUCGCAUCUUUUUGCUCUCAAGAGUCUGGUCAUGUCUAUCAUUUAAAACCACUCUGUCCUGAAAAUUCUUGGCUCCUCUUCUGCAAGAAAGCCUUCCCACGCCAUUAUAGUAAUUGUCCACCUACCUUUACACAUUUAUCUAAAGAAAUCUUGGGCAAAUGUGAUGGGUUGCCGUUAGCCAUUGUGACCAUCGGUGGUGUUUUAGCUAGUAAGCCUUUAUUAGAGUCAGAAUGGCAGAAAUUACAUGAUCAUUUGGGCACCUCAAUUAUGUCUCACCAAGGUCUUGAUGCCAUGACCCGAAUAUUAUCUUUUAGCUACUAUGAUCUACCGUACUAUCUCAAGCCACUUUUCUUGUACCUGGCCAUAUUUCCUGAGGACUACCAAAUCAGACGCAAACGCUUGUUGAGGCGGUGGAUCGCUGAAGGACUGGUGCAUGCGACACGAGACAUGUCAACCGAAGAAGUUGCAGAAUGGUACUUUAAGGAGUUGAUGGAUCGAAGCAUGAUCUUAUCCUCAAUCAUUAAUGGUGACACCACGGUUCACUCAUGUCAUAUCCAUGAUAUUAUGCUUGAGUUCACUCUCAACAUGUCUGAGAAAGACAAUCUAGUUUCUAUCAUCACCAGGAAACAACAACCACCAGCACCAGCACCGCAAACUCAAGAUGUGCGCGAAGCUCGUCAUCUAGCACUGCAUCAACAUUCCCUACCGGCAAACAUUCAUAAGAACAAAAAAUUAGAGCAUGUUCGAUCAUUAACAGUAUUCUCUGAAGGUAUAGUAUCACUCAAGAACACAAGCCGAAUGAAGCUGCUACGAGUGCUUGAUCUAGAGGGUUGUCAUCUUUCUGAAGUCGAUGGAGACCUUGAAGUCAUCGGCCAGUUCACUCUUCUCAGGUACCUUAACUUGAGGAACACCUCUAUCAGAUCAUUACCAAAAGCCUUAGCGAAGUUGCAGAAUCUUGAAACACUGGAUCUCAGAUGGACAAAAGUGACAGAGAUUCCUCCCCAUAUCACCAAACUUCACAAGUUGGAGUAUCUCAGUGUGGGCGGGUUUGAGCGAGAUCCUUCUGGCGCAUCAUUAACAUGCCACGGCGCUGAGUUGCCAGCUGAAGGGAUGACAGCUUUGAAAGCUCUGAAAACACUGAGCAUGGUGAGCUUCAAAACGAACCCAAGGGAGUUGGGUGAGAUGACCCAACUAACAAAGUUGGGAGCGAAAGAUAUCACCACACCAGAGAAUGCAAUGGCCUUUGUCGAGACACUUGAUAAGCUCAGUGACCAGCUACGCGCACUGAAGGUCAGUUGGAAUUGUGAUGUUCCGUUCUUGGAGGAGGUGUCUCAACCUCCUGUUCAUCUUAAAAGUCUCUGGUUAUCAGGCAUAAUGAUUACUUGUAAGCUGCCAACAUGGAUCGCAUCUUUGGAUCGUGUUUCAAAAAUGGCUUUAGCUCACACUGAACUCGAUGAAGAGGGCAUGCAAGUGCUGCAGAGGUUGCCAUGCCUGAAGGAGCUUGUGCUGUUUGAGAACUCAUAUUUGAAUCAUGAAUUGCGUUUCCUUGCAGGAUAUUUUCCUGUGCUCAAGUUGUUGCAAAUUGAUGGCUUGUCUCAUCUAACAGAGUUCAUCUUUCAUGGUGGCGGACUUCAACUUGAGAUUAUAGAGAUUCUUGCUACCGCAGGGACGACAUAUAUGUUCCAUGGAACUCACAAACCUUACCCUUGGCCCAAGGAAACAUGCACUGUAAUAACUGUUGUUGCCAGAUUGUCCACGUCCCCCAAUCCCCUUCAGUUGAGACGCUACACUCAACAGCUGGGUGGGCCAGCCUAUGUCCCCAUGACUGGGUUUCCCAAGUUUGAUAAAAGUGUUUGUAUCCGUCUCCGGCACCAAACAAUGGGUUGCUCAAAUUUUCUUUUAGAGUCAAACGGGGACUUGAGCGUGGGCUGUGAUUUGCCUCCCGAAUGUUGUGAUUUUCCAUCGAGCAUCGAAUUGAUGGUGUAUGAUGCUAUGUAAGGCAUACACAGUUUAGUUGAAAAUUUUAAA